AACGCGUAAACCAAGCGCGAGUUCUGGUCAACGAACAAUGGGAACGGCAAGCAAGCAGUGGGUGCAGGCGACAAGCGGGUCGGGUGCGGAGAUUCAAGCAGGCUCAUGGGUACGGAUCAACUGCAUGUAUUUGCAGCAAGUUGGUGUGGCUUUAUCAAAUCCCGUCUGCACGGCGCGCAAGCAGGCGAGCGAUGUGGGUUUACAGCAGGUGGUGGUAAGACAACGGGGUUGUAGGCGGGACAUGGUGGCACUGGGUGCAGGCAUGGCGGGUUGGCGCGGUGAUGUCCUGAUGGUAGGAGCACGCUGGUGAUGUGGGGUUCGUGGCGGCGAUUCCAAGUUUAGCAGAGGACGAUGACAUGACGCAGCAAACUGAUUCAAUUUUUUUUUUUUUUUAAACAUAUAACAAAACCCUAACUACUACUAGACAGACAAACCAACAAAACAUACCAUGACGAACUGAUACGCAGUGGACAAACAGAUGAACAAAUUGAUAUCCAUCCAAAACAGAUUAAAUUCCGAGGAAUCAAACCCGCUCUGAUACCAAGUUGAAUAUCAGAGUGCACAUACCACAAUGAACAAACAAACGGAUUACAAAACUAGAAAUAUUAUUGAUAUCAAACAUAGAAUGCCGAGACGGCUACAAAAACCCUAGAGACUACAUUGUGACUAACUUGUUAAUCAUACAAGCUACAAAACACCAUAUAUAUAGAGAACUAACAUAACCCUAAUAAGCAAGAAAACGAAACCCUAAUACUAACGGGCUAAGCCCAGAAAACCAAACAUUAAAGUAAACCUAAUAUUUUCCAACAAUAUUAUUAUAAUGCUGAUGUUGUAAACAAGUUCAAUCUAUUGGCAUGCUUAUAUUUUUUCGAGAAAAACUUAGUUUUUUAAUUAAAGUCUCAACCUUGUGCUGAUAAAAGAGCUUUUAGCAAAAACACUUAAGAGCAGAAACAUCCCGGAAAUCUCUACGAGCAUAUUUUGUAGUAGUUGUUGAUUUUGUUUUCUUGGUAGGUUUUGAAUAAAUCACGAAUUAUUCCAAUUUCAGCUUUCUUUGUUGCAAUUGGAAUAAGGUUGAAUUAAAGCAUGUCAAUUAAGUAAUUAUCUCCUUGAAGAAAUCAACAUCCAAUUUUUAUUUAACCAAACUUAAAAAUGUCAGAGUCUUAAUUUAAUUAGGAAUGUGAUUGUGUAAAUCCUUAUGGAAUUGUAUAAUAUCUUUUACGUAGUGUCCUAUUUUAGAUGGAUUACUUGAAAGACAAGGAUUUUCCCUAACUCCUAUGAAUUACUUGAAAGACAAAAAUUUUCCCUUUUUACUACUAUAAAUAGCACAAUAGGGUGAAAUAAUAUACACAUCAAAAUUUCACCGAUUAUCUCUCUCUUUCUUGCCGCCCCCUCUCUCUCCCUCUGUAAUUAACAGGCGUACAACAAAAUACAAGUUGGCAGCUAAAAACACAGACCGUACCAAAACCUAUGGCUAAUUCCUCUGCGAUUAUCUUUUCGUUGAUUUUCGUGGCCGCUCUGGUCAUCUCCGUUGAUGCAGGCGGCGAUCAUGGGGUGAGCUGGGUUCCAGUGAGACCUCGCUGCGAGGGUUCUGUAGCAGAGUGCAUGGAUGAUCGUGAUGAUGAGUUUGGCAUGGACUCGGAGAUUAGCAGACGCAUCUUGGCCACCUCACGAAACAUAAGCUAUGAAGCGCUGCAGAGAAACACUGUUCCUUGCUCUCAGAGAGGUGCUUCCUCCAACAACUGCAAGCCGGGUGCUCAGAAUCAGAGCAACCCCUACAACCACGGAUGCAGUGCCAAUGCUCGUUGCCGGAGUUGAUCAACGCGGCGUAGCAUGUUUUUCAAUAUUUAGUCACUUUCAUUUAAUAGAACAUGUUGUUAAUUGUAAUGAAACUUUAUAUUAUGCUUUAUCUUCUGUUUCAAUCCCAACUUCAAUACGAAAACAAACAAAAAAAUCCCAACUUCAACACCUUCACAAAAAA